GACUCUCUAGUCUGUGUAGUGUAUGCACGUAAGAUCUGGUAGAAACUAGCCCAGCACAGCUCGUCAUGGAGGUAGAAACCAGGACACCAGCCCAGCAACAAGCAAGUCCUGAGCAGCACCCUCAGCCGCCGCCGCUCCACCGCAACAUGCUCGCCAUCGUCAACGUUUUCCUGAUGGCCAUCGGCGCUGUUGCCGGCCCGCUCAUCCUCCGCGCCUACUUCGUCCACGGCGGCAACCGAAAGUGGCUCUCCAGCUUCCUCCAGACAGCCGGGUGGCCUCUUCUCCUCCCUCCGCUCAUCUCCCGCCGCCGCAAAGACGGUAGCAGCUCGCCUCUUUUCCUGAUGCCUCCUCGGCUCCUCGCCGUGGCUGCCGGCCUGGGCGUCGCCAUCGGGCUCAUAGAUCUCCUCUAUGCCUACGGCCUCGCCUACCUCCCGGUGUCCACCUCCUCCAUCCUUAUCUCCACGCAGCUCGCCUUCACGGCCUUGUUCGCGCUGGUCGUGGUACGCCAGCGCUUCACCGCAUUCUCUGUCAACGCCGUCGUGUUGCUCACGAUCGGCGCCGCCAUGCUGGGGAUGAACGGCGGCAGUUCCGACCGCCCAGAGGGGGUGUCGCGUGCGCAGUACUACGCUGGGUUCGCCAUGACGAUCGGCUCCUCGGCCAUGUACGGCCUGGUGCUGCCGCUCAUGGAGCUCAGCCAGGCGCGGCUCGCUGGCAGGUCCGUCGGCUCGUACAGUCUCAUCGUGGAGAUGCAGGUCGUAAUGGGAUUCACCGCCACCGCUUUCUGCGCCGUCGGGAUGAUCGUCAACAAGGAUUUCCAAGCUAUCCCACAUGAAGCCCGGGAGUUUGGCCUCGGCCAGGGGGGCUACUACUCUUUGUUGGUUGGAUCCGCCAUUGUUUACCAGUUCUUCUUCAUUGGCAUAAUUGGUGCUAUCUUCUACGGCUCGGCGCUUCUUUCUAGUGUCAUCAUGACAUUGCUCAUAUCAAUCACUGAGGUGGUCGCCAUCAUCAUUUUCCAUGAGCCUUUCAACAGCACAAAAGGUGUCGCUCUCGCACUCUCACUAUGGGGUUUUGUCUCCUACUUUUAUGGCGAGAUCCAAACAAAUGCAAAACAAUCUGAUAUACCCCCAAAUAUAGAGCAUUUGAGUGUUUAAACCACACUAUGUAUUAUACCAUAUUGUGGGUACUUAUCGUGUAAUUUAAUUAUACACCGGACAGGAUACAAACUCAGCGUGUGCUUUUUGGUUGUGUCUUAUCAAACACAAAGGAAGAGUUUCACAACAACUUAUUUUGCGAUCUACUCCAUUUUAAAGGAAAUCUAAAUAUGAUACCUUUUGUAAUUUGUGGUGUGUCGUGAAAUGAGAUGUAAAUGUGUUUUUGGUCCACUCCAUUUGUGUAUAUAUAAAUAUGUGCACUAUUUUCUACA